AGCAGGACCCUUUUGCAGCGCGAAUUCGGCCAAUCAAGCUCGAAGUUUUGAUUUCUGAUUAUCCUCUGUGAUGCAUUAUUGAAAACAAAUUUAUGGAGGCUUGAUUGUUGAUCAGAAAAUGCCAAAAAACUCCCGAUACUUCCUGAGUUCAUACACUUAGCUUGUUCGCAUCUAUGUGAGCCUGCAGAGACAGCGCUGAGGCUUCACCUUGAACAGAAACUGGCCCUUUUAGUUCGAUUCUUUAAUGACGAAACGCCUCUCAUAUCCACAUAAAGCGCUGGCAGAUUGUCGUACCCGACCCGACAGCAAACUCAAUGGAAACGGCAAUACGUUGGUCGGCUGUAUCAUCUGCCCCUCCUCAUCAUUUCGUACUGGUGGACUUGCUAGGCCACAAAGUCAAACUUAAUGAGGUCACCUCAGAUCGCGGCGAAGAUCUAGAAUAUCGACAGCUCUCUCAACAUUCCAAAUUUCCCGAAUUCAGGGCCUUCGAUUGGUGUCCAAGUAACGAGGCGCUUUUAGCAAUCGGGCUUCCUUCAGGCACGACAACCGUCUUAAAAAUCGAUGAGGAUGCAAACGAAAGCUUUUCCUUUCCGAUAAAGAAUCAGCGUUACUGCAAUGCUGUGGCAUUCAAUACCCAAGGACUUCUUGCUGGAGGCCUAGAAAAAGUUCGAAAUGAUUUCUGUUUGAAUAUUUGGGACGUUAAUCAACGCUUGUCGAGCCCGGAUACCGAUUCUGGUCGGCCUCAAGUCGAGCCUGUCCGAAAGCUUUGUACCUCUGAGGCAGUAUCAAGCAUUAGGUUUUUUGUUGACCAACCAGACACGCUCAUUGCGGGUGUAGGCCGACAAUUUUUACGGAUAUACGAUCUAAGAGAUUAUCCCGGAAAUGCAGCAAUCCAGUUUCCUACUCGGCGAGUAAAUAACUUAGCCAUUGACCCACUAGACCAAAAUUACUUUGCAUCAGCGGGACCUCAGGGCGACCCAACUGUAUGCAUUUGGGAUCGUCGUUUUACUUCUACAUCCAAUGCCGUCAUGUCACCGUCAGGGACCGGUUCCGCCGAGUUGGGCCAAUCCCGGCCGGUCCUUGAGUUUCGAAAUGCUAUUGAUACCUCCAAUGUUUCUGCAUCCCCGAGCAUCUGGAGCCUUCGAUUCGCCCGGGCGAAGAAGGGUUCUCUUGGUAUUUUAUCUAGCACUGGCGAAUUGAAGGUGUUUGAGAUAUCAAAAAAGAGUGUCCAUCUGAGUACUGGGCCCAACCGCGAUAGUUCUCCCCCAGGCGGCAAUUUCACGGAAGAGCCAUACGUUCGACGGAUUCGCAAUGUCCAGCGACCAUAUUAUGACCCUUUUCGCAAGCAAGAGCCUACGUCUCGUGUCGUAUCCUUUGACUUUACUUUCGCGAAUGACGCUGUCGAAGGAUACCAAUGUAUGGGUCUCCGCGCAAAUGGUCAGAUCCAGAUUCUGAGGCUCAAGCCGCCACCACCUCCAGUCUCUUUUUCGUCGCAGGGUGAGCUCUUCCUUGGACGAAAUGAAACUCCAAAAACCAAUAGCGCGACGCCACUAGAGAGCAAUAUGGUGUCAAGCAAGGGGUUUACUGUCUACGGCUUAGAUCGGUCGAAGAGAUUCUCGAUUGUAGACAAGUUUCGAAAUAUUAACUCCGGUCCUCAGUAUUCGGAAUCAACACCUGAGAUAUCAAACAUAUCUGGAGGCGGGAUUAGCAAGGAAAUUACUGCGCCGAAAUAUAGGUCCAGUCGUGAAGCGCACGAGGCUCUUUAUUCGUUUACGCCGCAAAUCUUCAAAAUGAGUAAUCCUGCAGCCUUGUAUCCAGGAACCGUCAUGCGUUGUCGUUGUGACGGAGGAUAUCUUUUUGACUGCGAGAAAAAUCAAAAAAUUGUCUCUGAGAAUCCUUGGCUUCAGGAGAUGUGGGCUUGGAUAGGUGGAAUGGAUGAGCUGGCUGAAGAUAAAGCUACCACGUAUGAGAUGAUGGAUUUUAGUUUUCUGGGUGUCCAUGCCAUAUGGCAUAAUACACUCGGUCCGAACCCGGAGGCCCGCAAGAUUCCUUCAGAUGGAAACCCCCAUACUAGGUAUACGGAUGCUAUCAUUGCAUUGAGAAUGCAGCUGGAGUGCCCUCGUUUUGAAGGAAUAAAAACGAGAUAUCCGGACCACCGUCAAGUUUGUCUUGCUAUAUGUGGUUGGGGUCAGUCAGAACAACGACUCAAGACGAUCAUUCAGCAACUGGUCCGGCAGGGAAAGCAUACCAAAGCAGCGGCCUGGGCGCUUUUCCACAAUCAAACCAAUUUGGCUGUAACUGCACUGACCAGACCGACUGCCACCGAAAGCCACAAACUGUUGGCGAUGGGAAUAGCUGCUUACAAUAAUGUUGGUGGAUUCAGAAGAGAUCCGAAUGAUGAAGCUUGGACGACACUUUGCCGGGAUAUUGCAGACUCUUUGGACGACCCUUAUUCGAGAGCCAUUUUGGCGCUCGUAAGCAAUGGGGACUGGAAAUCAGUCAUAGCAGAAAUGUCUCUGCCACUAAGGGACCGCCUUGGCGUAGCUUUGAAGUUCCUGAACGAUGAGGAGCUCACAAAAUUCAUUGACUCCGAGACUAGCAACUCUAUUCGCGCUGGUGACAUCGAAGGGAUUGUCCUUACUGGACUUACAAGUCAGGCAAUGGAUCUUUUCCAAAAUUAUAUCGCAAAGUACAAUGACGUACAGACAGCGGUUCUUGCGAUGUCGUAUACCAAUCCGACUUACGUCAGUGACUGGCGCUUCUGGCACUGGCGGGAAUAUUAUCGCGAUGCCAUUAAUUCCUGGAAAUUGCAUAUUCAUCGCGUCCGUUUCGACGUACAAUCAACCAAAAAAUCAGAAAAUUGGGACGAUGGCGUUCGCAUACCCCCACCUCCACGGCAAAUUACCUUGCGCUGUAUUCAUUGUAAUGGAGCUUUCGCAAAAGAGGACGAAGAAGCAGAUGUCUCAGCUACAGGAGGAAGCGCCUCUAGCGCGGUUCCAGCAGGAGAACAGCCUGGAGAAUUGAAGAGCUAUACCCUUGGUGGACCCGGCGCAUCUGCAGGCACAAUUUGUCCGAAAUGUGGACGUCACCUGCCAAGAUGUGGUGUCUGCAUGAUGUGGCUUGGUACCCCAGAUGUCUCCACGCCUGGUGGUGCUGCUGCGGUCGAAAAUGAGGAUCCCAUGACACGCUUCCUCACUUUCUGUCUCUCCUGCAAUCAUGGGUAUCACUCGAAUCACGCUCGUGACUGGUUCGCGGUUCAUAAAGUUUGCCCUGUUGCAGACUGCCAGUGUCUUUGUGCUGAGCAUCGCUAAGCUUGCCACUUAGGCAUCAUUCCAAGGCCUUCACUUCUGGCUUUGUAUUUUCUUCACGGGUCGGCUGUGGAAAAAUUUACAACCUAAGUUUUCUACAAAAGAAGCUCAUUGUGAUCGAAACAGCUUGCAGGCGGUUUUGGACUCUUAUCACCAUUUAAAUUCCCUUGUUGAAGAUUUUCAUGAUACCCAUGUCAUUUCAUUUUUUUUUUGUAUUAAAAAGAUUUUCCGCC